GAAGAUGGCGGCCGCAGAGCCUGUGGAUCUCUGAGACUCGGUACCGUUAACUCGGAGCCGUGCGGGGGGUCUCUUCGUCUGGCAGAUGGACGGUACUGACACCAUGGCAGUGCACCGCUGCCCACCGCUCUCCUGAUCCCGGAAUCGAACCCGCAACUUCAUGUCCGAAGGAGCCAGAGCUGCCUGGUCCAAGAGGGGUUGUGGGGAUUCGCACCGCCGAGAACCAGGGAAACAUAAACACAGGAAAUGCGAGCGGCCCCUUAGCGCUCAGCCGUCAAAGCCUGUGAUUGUUCGCCCGGGCUCCAAAAGGUGUGUUAUGUCGGGGGCGGAUGUGGAGGUGUACCUGUCCCAGGUGCACGAUGGGAGCGUGUCGUCGGGCUUCCGGGCGCUGUACGAGGAGCGCCUGCUGCUGGACGUCACGCUGUUGAUAGAGGAGCACCACUUCCAGGCCCACAAGGCGCUCCUGGCCACCCAGAGCGACUACUUCCGGGUCAUGUUCACAGCAGACAUGAGGGAGCGGGACCAGGACAAGAUCCACAUGAAGGGGCUGACGGCCGCUGGCUUCGGCCACAUCCUCCGCUUCAUGUACUACGGCUCGCUGGAGCUCAGCAUGCCCACCGUGCAGGAGAUCCUGCAGGCGGCCAUGUACGUCCAGCUGACGGAGGCGGUGGAGUUCUGCUGCUCCUUCCUGCUGGCCAAGAUCUGCCUGGAGAACUGCGCCGAGGUCAUGCGCCUCCUGGAGGACUUCAGCGUGGGCGUGGAGGGCGUCCAGGAGCAGCUCGACAACUUCCUGCUCGACAACUUCGUCCCCCUCAUGAGCCGACCAGACUUUCUGUCCUACCUCAGCCUUGAACGACUGCAGGCGUACCUGAACAGCGACGCUCUGAGCCGCUUCCCGGAGAUCGAGCUGUACGAGGCGGUGCAGGCGUGGCUGCGACACGACCGGCGGCGCUGGAGGCACACGGACACCAUCGUGCAGUCCAUCCGCUUCUGUCUCAUGACGCCCGCCAACAUCUUCGAGAAAGUGAAGACGUCUGAGUUCUACCGCUACUCCAGACAGCUGAGGCAGGAGGUGGACCAGGCGCUCAGCUACUUCCACGAUGUCAACCAGCAGCCUCUGGUGGAGACGCGCUCCAACCGAAUCCGCUCCGUCCGACCUCAGACUGCCGUCUUCAGGGGCAUGAUCGGCCACAGCAUGGUCAACAGCAAGAUCCUGCUGCUGCAGCGUCCAAAGGUGUGGUGGGAGCUGGAGGGGCCUCAGGUGCCGCUGCGACCCGACUGCCUGGCCAUCGUCAACAACUUUGCCUUCCUGCUGGGCGGAGAGGAGCUCGGACCCGACGGAGAGUUUCACGCCUCCUCCAAAGUCUACCGCUACGACCCCCGACAGAACUCGUGGCUACGCAUGGCGGACAUGUCUGUGCCCAGGUCAGAGUUUGCCGUCGGCGUCAUCGGCAAGUUUAUCUACGCCGUGGCGGGCCGCACGCGAGACGAGACCUUCUACUCGACGGAGCGCUACGACAUCACGGAGGACCGCUGGGAGUUCGUGGACCCGUAUCCCGUCAACAAGUACGGUCACGAGGGGACGGUUCUGAACGGCAAACUGUACAUCACGGGCGGCAUCACCUCCUCCUCCACCUCCAAACAGGUGUGCGUGUUCGAUCCGGGGCGGGAGGCUGGAGGAGGCGGGGGCGGCGGCGGGAGCUCGGCCGGGUCGGACUCUCACAGGACACGCGCCGGCCGCGGCCCGCUGCUGCCCGGCACUCACGCCAGCUGCUGGGAGAACAAAUCUAAAAUGAACUACGCACGCUGCUUCCACAAGAUGAUCUCCCACAACGGGAAGCUGUACGUGUUCGGAGGCGUGUGCGUGAUCCUGCGGGCGUCCUUCGAGUCGCAGGGCUGCCCGUCCACCGAGGUGUACGACCCAGAGACUGACGAGUGGACCAUCCUCGCCUCCAUGCCCAUCGGGCGCAGCGGCCACGGGGUGGCGGUGUUGGACAGGCAGAUCAUGGUGCUGGGCGGUCUGUGUUACAACGGCCACUACAGUGACUCCAUCCUCACCUUCGACCCCGACGAGAACAAGUGGAAGGAGGACGAGUAUCCCAGGAUGCCUUGCAAACUGGACGGUCUGCAGGUGUGCAGUCUGCACUUCCCAGAGUAUGUGCUAGAGCACGUGAGACGCUGCAGCUGAGGUCUGCUCCACAACACGCCUCCUUUUAUAGAAAUGGGAAUGCACUGUUCAAAGACUGAGGUCUCCCGCUGGGGGUUCAGGUGUUUACAGGUGGGAGACUCGACUGACGCGCAGGCUUUUAACCUAGAGACCAGCACUUACCUUCAGGUGAGGAAAACAUGGCUGGGGCCAUAGAGUUGCUCUUCUUAGUGAAGGCAAUGGAAGCGUGGCGACGCGUCACACGUUAACGGUCAGCUUGAACAUUUUCAGAAUUAGCUUUCUCAGAAAAUUAAGGAAAAAUAAUGGUGGGGAGAAAAAAAGGUUUCAUUCUGCCGGUUUCUGUUCGGACUGUGGUCGGUUUCCUGUUCUACUACUCACCUUCUGGACUUUAGGCUGUUCAGUCAGGCCGAUUGCAGAAACGCACUGGAAGCGUCACAUUCAUACGAUACGUCCACCUGUCAGACUCACCUGCUCCACACAUCCUACUCAGACUAGGUUCCUCACAUAUAAAGAUCCUGUGUAUCUUUGCCCAAUAGAUUAGUGAAAGCAAAGACUGUUUCACACACUCAGAAUGCCCGAUAAGGUAUAUAACAGCAAGCUUACAAUCAGGUAUUUAACAAAGUAUAACACUAUAUACUGUAGUGUAGUUCAUUCUAUAGCCUCUCCAAGUAUACCACUGUAGAGACCAUCAACGGAUGUUAUGACGAUGUUCCAGAUGCUGCUGAUGCUUACAUCUGCUUCCGGCUCUAAACGGUCACUUUAUAAAGUCAUAGAUUCAGUUCUCGCUUCCAGUGCGUUCCAGCUUUUAGUCCAAAUUCUGCUCUUUGCUUCCAGAUAUCCACCAAACUGUGCUCAUGUUCGUUCAGCUCGACAUCGCCGUGUCUCUGUGCCCCUUCGUCCCUCCUCAGUCUCAGUUUGAGAGUAAAUGUGUGUGUUUGGGUUCGUUCUUCAUUUACUAAACUGAUGAUGGUGACGACGUCAGACGCCACAGUUUAGGAAACAGAGGUUUUCAUUUCAGAGCAGCAGUGCUUCACUCGCCCUCGUCUACAUUCCCUGCACUUUACUGGUUCCGAUUGUGUGUGAAUGCACAGUUUUACCAGCUUCCACCCUGUCAGCAGCCCAAGUAUUACCACAUGCUGUGGUGUUGGAGGCUUUCAACAGUGUCUGAAAUGAACUUUCUGACUGUCUAGAUGAGCUCAACUAAUAAAUACGAGGCAAGAGUAAACAUUAAGGAACACUGGACCUCAUGCAAGAACGUUUUCAUGCAGUCCGAUGAUAUAACCUGAAACAAUUAGAAAAUAUUAGUAUUAUAGAUGUUCUCUGGUUGACUUGAAGCUGUAGUUACAGAAGCAGUGAGGAAAAAGAGGAUUUUCAUGCGAGACAACCGUCUUAAAAUCAGUCUUAAACUGAUUAUAUCCAAAAAAAUCAUUGCCAUAAAACCCACACAAUAUCUAUAAAUGCAGACAGCGCCGUGCUUUUGGAUGAUCAUCUGCAGUAUCUACCAGCAAACUGUGCUUCCUCAGCGUUCGGAUCCAUUUCAACCAGCUUGUUGAGGAAAUUUACUUUCCAGUCCAUAGCUUAGUUUCUGUGUCUGUCUCAGAAUUAUUUAUAUGGCAGUUAAUAUAAUCAAUUUGCAAUAAAUACCGUUAAAUAUGUGAUUUAAAGGCAUCUUAAUCAUCAAAUCUUACGGAUCUUAUAAUAAUCCACUCGUCAAAAAAUCAUCUGGCAGCUGCUGAAAUCUGCUAAGCUAGCUGGAACUUUUAAACUAGAAGGCUAGCUGUCUGAUUUUUAUUAUUCAAAACAAUAAACUGAAUAACCAAAGUGUUUAUCAGUUCAUUAAAAUGGACACUUGUCAUUUACAGACAAUAAUUUGGGGGGAAAAAAUAGCUAGUUUGCGCUAAAGCUAGCCGCAGCUAUCUCAAUAGCUAGCUUUCACUUGAUGUUGCUUUUAGGUUAGCAGACUUUCUACAGCACACAGCACAGUAACGUGCAUUAAACUUACAACUUAAUACAUGAAACUAUGUGAUUCAAAGAUCAUUUAAGCACUAAAUAGCAUAAAAGUCAUAACAGGCAAAAAAAAAAAAAAAAGAGAUGGCAGCUGCUGAGAUCUGUUAAGCUAGCUAGCAUUAGCAGACAUUUAACUACUUUUGUUUAUUCUCCAUUGUGAACUGACUGAGCUGCUGCCUUAUUUAUGUGAAUAAAAAACAAAAUAACCAAAAUGUCAGUUCUUCAAAAUGGAUGUUUUCUUUUUCAGAAAACCCUUAGGGGAAAAUCAAUAGCUUGACUUUAGCUUUAGCCAAGACUCGCCAUUGCUAGCUCAGUAGCUAGCUUUCACUUGAUACAUAUUUCACAAUUAGCUGUCUUUCUAUUGCAGAGAGUACAAUAAAUACACAGAUUAAUUAUAAUUUAACACGUUAAAUUGUGGCAUUUAAAGAUUUUUUACCCACUAAAUCAUUUAAAAGUCACAAGAGACAAAAAAUUAGAUGGCAGCUACUGAGAUCUGCAAAGCUAGCUAGCGUUGGCAGACAUUUAGCUACUUUUAUUUCUUCUCCAUUGUGAACUGAUUGAGCUGCUGCCUUAUUUAUGCGGGAAAAAACUGAAUAACCAAAAUCUAAAUGGAUAUUUUUUCAUUUACAGAUGUUAAUUAGGGUGAAAUUAAGAAGUACAUUUAGCUUUGGCUUUAGCAUUAGCUCAGUCGCUGGCUUUCACUUGAAAUAGCUUUUAGGUUUAGCUAAGUAGUUAGCUGUCUUUCUGUGGCAGGGAGUGCAGUUAAUAUACCAAAUAUUUACAAGUUAAAACUUU